AUGCACGUUGUCAUUGCAGGUGCCGGCCUCGGUGGACUGUCAUGUGCUAUUGCGUGUCGAAAAUGCGAUCCGCCACUCAAAGUCACUAUCCUAGAACGUUCUCCGGAGUUUCAACCAAUCGGGGCAGGAAUUCAGCUGCCUCCAAACGCAACCAGAAUCAUGGAACAAUAUGGUCUGUUGGAAACGUUGAAAGACGUGGGGGCAGUUGUCAUGCAAAAUCACACUUUGAGGCGAUACUCGACCGGUGAGGUGAUUGUCAAUAAGCCGCUGGGGGCACGAGCGAAGCAAAUUUACGGAGCAGAAUGGAUGGUCAUACACAGGGCCGACUAUCAGAGAGUGCUCCUACAACACGCUCAAAACCUAGGUGCAGAGAUACAAACCGGCGCUGAAGUUGAGAAAGUAUGCCUGAUCUUGAAAGACGGACAACGAGUAUACGGUGACGCAGUCAUUGGAGCAGACGGGCUUUGGUCCGUUACGCGAGAACACGUCCUCGGCCGUCCCUCACCACCAGUUGAAACGGGAGAUUUAGCAUACCGGGGUACAUUUACUCGCAGCCAGUUAAGGCAACUAAACGACGAAAAAGUAAAUAAACUACUCGAUGACUCCAACAUUCAAGUCUGGCUUGGACCAGAAAAACAUGUUGUUUUUUAUCCGGUUCGGAAUGGAACCGAGUUCAAUCUCGUCUUGAUCCGGCCGGAUAACCUACCGAGCAAUGUACGCACCUUUCAUGGAAACUUGGAAGAAAUGAAAGACGAUUUUGAGGGAUGGGACCCAACCUUGCGAACCCUUAUUUCAUGCUUAAGCAGCGCUCUGAAGUGGAAACUAUGCCAUCAUAGCGAACUUGAAACCUGGGUGAAGGAUUCGGUUGCUCUGUUGGGAGAUGCAUCACAUCCUACCCUACCGUAUCAAGCACAGGGCGCAGCAAUGGCCGUUGAAGACGGCGCAGUGAUUGGUUUUCUUCUUGGCCGCCUCCAAGGCAACCCUGUGCUUUGGUCUGAGGAAAGUGGUAAGGAUGCCAUCACCACAACUCUAAAGUUAUAUGAGAAGUUGCGGAAGCAGAGGACUACGGUGAACGUUCUAGGUGCAGUUCAGGCACGGGUCUUCUAUCACCUCCCUGAUGGCUCUGAGCAGCUGGAGAGAGACAGAUUGCUCUCAGAAUUGCCUGAAUCGCGUUGGGAGUCCCGUAGUAAAUGGAAUUGGGGGGAUGCGGAAUAUCAGCAAGCAUUACUGGGGUUUGAUACUCUUGCUGAUGCUGCAGAACAUAGUCACAAACUGUUUGAAGGAUAA